GGCUAUAAGUGGUAUUUCUCCAAAUUUGGCUAUUAUUGGCACAAACGUGAAAGUUUUGGCUAUAAAAUGUAUUUUGCCUAAAAAAUAUUGACAUACUUUUUUCAAAUAACAUAUUCUAAUUAGCUUCACUAGGGCUGGGAAUCCUGUCACGAUUUUCCGGUCAAAUUAGAAACCGACAAGUUUAAAUCGUCCCGGUUGCAUCCGGUUUUUGCAACCGAAAACCGGAUGCAACCCGGUCUAGUUCGGAUUACGCUUGCCAACAUAUUGAGAAAAACCAUACCAAGUAUAACCCGGUUAAAACCGCAAAAACCGAAAACCGGACCCUGUCCUAUCCUGAAGCCCAAAGUCAAGCCAAGCCCAGCCCAGCCAAAACAUACCCACUCACCCAAAGCCCAACCCGACCCCAACUCACCCACUCAAAGCCCAAAGCCCAUCCAGACUUGCAAAACCCUAAACGCCAACUCUCAAGCACUCCUCCAUCUUCUCUCAAACUUGUCAACCGCCGCAUCUCUGUCCUGAUCAGCACGUCAGAAUCCUCUUCUUCUUCGUUCUCUCGUCGGCGUCCAACAGCUCUCCCUCCGGCUUUGACGACAUCUCACCCUAGCCAGCGAGUCGGGUCUCUCUCUUCUCGAACUCCACCAAGGUGCCGACACUACUCCUGAGGAUGACAUGCACUACCGCUGCCCUGCUGACAUCGCCGCCAAGAACCUUUCCCCUGCUGACAUCGCCGCCAAGAUCCCAGUUGACAUCGUAGCGAAGAUCCCAACUUUGUUUGUCGAAUCGCGGUGAAGAGGACAACAACGGAGGCGAUGAUGUGCGUGCGUCGAUAGCUGGAUUGGGUUUUGAUAGAGGAGAGAAGGAGAAGAAGAAUCAGAAAGGUAGAGAGAGUAGAAGAAUCGAAGGAGGGAAGAAGUGGAUCUUCUGGAUAUUGGAGAGGGAAGUGGGGGGAUCAGGGAUUGCCAAUUGUGUGGGUGGACUUUGGGAAAGAAAUAUUAUUUUCAAUUUAUUUUGGUCCAAACGUAGCGUUUUUUAAAGGAAACAGUCUGCAUCCAGUUUUUGGUUGAACCGUAUCGGACCAGAUCCCAUCCAGUCCGGUCACGGUGGAAACAGGGUACCCAUCCAAUCCCGUUUUCGGUUGUGGUAUUGGUCAAAACGGUUUUAAAAAACCAGGUUAAUCCGGUCCAAUUUUAACCAGAUCGGAUUGUUUCCCACUCCACCAUCAUUGAGGGGUAGCCGGAGUUUUUGCAAUCCAAUUCAUCACAUCUCAACCCUAACAAAUGAUCACCCACUGUUGUUCGUUGCUUCUCACCAUUGUGUGCUAAUCGUCUCGUCCGUUGAAGUCUGUUGAACCGCUGCCGAGGGGCGAGGACAAGUUGGGCGCUGCCGGAGUUGAUGGUCGUCGGAUUCGUUGCGUCUCACCUACUAUUGUGUUUCGCUUCUCAUGGUUGGGUGCUCACUGUCUCACCCACUGAAGCCUACACCAGCCGCAGUUGAGGACAAGCUGGGUGCAGCGGGAGUUGAAGGAACAUGUAUCACACGUGCAAAAUAUGAGAAAAUACCACACGAAUUGUCUACUCUAGCAGGUAUUCAAGAACCAGUGCAUGAUAUUUUUAUGAAUUUGAAAGAAAUUGUAUUGAGAAGAAAUUUGUAUGGACCUCCUGACGCAUCAUUUGUGUUAAGGGAGUUGAUGGGCACCAGAUUUUUUAAGCAGUCGUGAUUCAAGGGCCGAGGCUUAGUUCAUUUAAGUGAAUUUUGUUGGCUUUUCGACUGAGAGCCAAGAGAGCCGAGUGAACUAGUAUCCAGCUGAGAAAAACAAGUAUCUGAAAUGCAAAUACUAGUAUCCGCAUGUGUUGAGAAAUCCUCCAUUUCUUCUUUAUUUUGAAAAUUUUGCUCUCCCUUCUCUCUUAUGAAUUUAGAUAUGAUUUGGUCUUGCUCGUCUUUGAAUCAUUAGAGCUUGGGGUACCUCUAAUGGAGAUAUGAUGUUGCGGGUUUUGUUCAUUCUGGUGGGUUUUUUUUUCUCUCUGAGGAUUGUUCUAUUUUUUAUUUUUUUGGUUUUUUGGGUUUUUUUUAGAUCGUUGUUUUUUAAAGCCAUGGAUACCAAUUUGUAAAUGUAUACUUUUCUUCGGUUUCUUGGCUUUCUGGAUUUUUUGGUUUUCUGGGUACUUUUGUUUCUUGGUUUUCUGGGAUUUUUUGGUAGAUCGUCGUUAUUUAAUGCCAUGGAUACCAAUUCGGAAAUGUAUAUGGACAUAUAUCAAAAUACUACCAAGUGUACUAAUCGAUAUGAGUUAGCAGUUCGUAAUUGAGUGGGUGGAUACCAAUUAUGUGAUGUAUGAAUAUUCUAUUGAGUUGUCUAGAUAUUAGUUCGUGAAUGUGGAAUAUUAGUUGAUUUCAUGGUGGAUAUCAGUUAGCAAACCAUGAAUACUAGUUGGUUUGAUUGUGGAUAUAGUUGGUGUUGUUUGAAUAUUAUUUGUGCUCUCUGGAUACUAGUUUUUGCUCUCGUGUAUACUUGAAUGCUACUAGGGGCGGACCCAGGGGUCUUUGGACACCCCUAAAUUUUGGAAAAGCGAGUAUCCAACCCCCUGUGGUAAUUUACGUAUGGACAAAAAAAUUAUAAUUAAUAGUCCGGGACACUCUAAAAUUUGAAAAAAAAUGAUUAUCCUAUUCUCUUUUGUAGUUUACGUAUGGGAAUAUAAGUGGUAGUUUGGGUAAUUCAAACCCGGGACACUACUACUAUUAAUAAAUAUAAUUUCCAUUAGGCAACAUUUUUUUGUUGUUCUAUUCUAAACAUUGUGUAAUAGCAAAAUCAUAUUAUUUAUUUUUAAUUAUUUUCAAAACCUAACAUUUAAUCUAUUACAAGCUACAUUUAAUUUGUAUUGAUUUUAUGGUUGUAAGACAAGUGUUGAAAGUGUCUUUUCAACUUCGAGUUACAUCAAGAAUAAAUUUAGAAGUCGAAUAUGCGUUAGUCCAUGAAUGAUUGUCUAGUAGGAUAUAUCGAGACAAAUUUGUUGAGCAGUGUAGACAGCAAGUGUAUUUUACAAAUUUUUUAGAAUAUGAAAAUACAUCAUGGACUUUUUU